AUUGAAAACACUGCCUCAUUGUUUGAUUCAAUCAAUGCAUCGUCUGUCAAUUUAGCACGAUCUUUAAGCUCAUCAUUGGAACAAGAUGAACUUCAAUUCGCAAAGAUUGAAUCCAAGGUGGCGUCUACAUUAUUUCUAGCAUUAUCAACAAUUCCUCACCUAUCACAGAUUUCAUUUAUCUCAUUAAACGGUUUGUUCUUCGGGUACUAUACAAGAGGCAAUCAACUAUUUGCAAUGUUUUCCAACUCUACGUUUUCUUCCACCGAAAAUGAUACAACAAAGUACCGUUGGUAUACUCAGGCUGUAAGUCGUGAGACUGGAAAACUAUAUGGUGAAUCAAUAAAGUUACCUCAUUCUGAUGUAAUCAAUUCAAGUUGGUAUCAAGAAGCAUUGAAUGGUACACAUGGCUAUGCUUCCAUAGGAUCCCAAUGGGAAAUUUCUCGAGAUUCUCUAUUUCUCAGUACCACGGGUAUGAAUGGAAAAGGGAUAGUGUCUUUAGGAUUUUCAAUGAAAUCAUUGUUUAAUUUCUUCACUGAAAUAGCCUUCUAUAAUGGAAGCUUAUAUCUUGGAACAAAAGAUGGGAAUGUACUCACUGGAGGGAUUCCAAAAACUCGUAUGAUCUUGAAUGGAAAUCAAGUUUCAUUUCAAUUACUAAGCCGUAAUGGCGAUCGAGUUGGAACUGUUGGAAAUGUAAAGUGUCGGGCCGAUGAUGGUACAUUUCGAGCCUCUACAUUAAGCAUAUGGGAGAAGAAGUAUGUGGUUAACUGUUCACCAGUUGAAAUUGCUGGAGUAAAAUUGGUAUAUGUGCUAGCUUUACCUGAAAACUCUGUGGCGGUUGUCAUUCACAAGAACAUAAAAUUCGCCUUCGUGAUACUCAUGCUUAUCUUUGUUGAUAUGGCAAUCAUCAUAUUCACUUCUGUGUCAUUGAAUGUUCGAGCUGCAAUACGAGAGAUGGAGUUAUGUAUUGUGCUGAUAAGGCAAAAGGAAUCGACUGAACAAGCAGAAAGGAAAAAUGUGAAUAAGAGUCUUGCAUUUGCUAGUGCUAGCCAUUUGAUAGAAAUAUGUAACUAUCAAGUUGUGCCUGGAUCAGAAUUGCAGACAAAUUUGACACUAGUGGAAGCUUGUGCAAAGGACCUUUUAGGUAUAUUGAAUUCCAUUCUAGAUACAAGUAAGAUUGAAGCUGGUAAAAUGCAGCUUGAAGAAGAAGAAUUCAACUUGGAACAACUUCUAGAAGAUGUGGUUGAUUUGUAUGAUCCUGUCGGGAUGAAAAAGGGGAUAGAUGUGGUUUUGGAUACCAAUGAUAUCUCUGUUACUAAGAAUUUUUCUCGUGUAAGAGGUGAUCAUGGAAGAUUGAAGCAGAUUUUGUGCAACUUAUUAAGUAAUGCUGUCAAAUAUACUUCAGACGGGCAUGUAACAGUUCGUGCAUGGGCAAGAAAACCAAGUUUUGAGAAUGGAAUACUUGCUUCUAAUCGUAAUAAUUGGAUGAGCAGUUUAUCAUGCUUGUUUUUUCUGAUUGACAAAUCACACAGUCAGUCGGGAGUGGUGAAUACCAUUCAACAAGAUCUAAAUUGUAUGGAAUAUAUAUUUGAGGUGAAUGAUACAGGGAAAGGGAUUCCAAAAGAGAAGCAAAAGUCUGUUUUUGAAAACUAUAUUCAAUUCAAAGAGACAGCUCUCGGACAAGAAGGAACUAGUUUAGGACUUGGCAUUGUUCAGUCUCUGGUUCGUCUAAUGGGAGGUGAAAUCAGGAUUGUGGACAAGGAAACUGGGGAAAGGGGAACUUGUUUCAGGUUCAACGCCUUCCUUAGCACUUGUACUGAGGUUGGCAUGUCUGGUAACGCACGAGAUGAUGAUAUUGAAGUUCAAGGUGGUUUCCUAUCUAGUGACUCUUAUCAGUAUUCGGGGUCUAUCAAUCAAAUUAAUAGCCCUAAGGUAGAAGUAUCUCAAGUCGUAAUAUUUAUCCAGAGCACCGAAAGGAGUAGAGUCAUACAAAAGUUCAUGGCACGGCAGGGGAUAAAAACAUAUACAGUCAAGCACCACGAACAACUUUCUGAGACUCUCAAGAGAAUCAAACAGAAAUUAAACUUUUCACACCAAAGCUCUUCAGGUAAAUCUGAUAUUAAUUCAUUAAGGGCAUCUAGUACUCGAUCAAAGGAUGAUAGUACUAUAAGUUUUUCCAGCUUCAUUUUGAUUGCGAUCGAUACAGGUGCCGGGCCAUUUCGUGAUAUCAGUAGGGCUAUGGCUGAAUUCAGAAGGGACCUAAGCAACAAUUGUUGUAGUAGAGUAGUUUGGUUAGAUAAACCAGGCACCAAUUGCAUUAAUUUCCAUGGCCUUGACAAGGAUAAGCUACCUGAAAUGGAUUUAAUCAUAUCAAAGCCACUCCAUGGCUCUCGUUUAAAACAAACUAUAGGACUUUUACCGGGGUUUGGUGGCACAAUAAAGGGCAUGACACUGAGAAGAGGAGAAAACCCAUACAAUUCUGAUAAGUUUCUGCCUGAAUACAGCACUUCUGCUGCAGCCAAUAAGACGCACACAAGGCAAAUUGCUGGAAAAUCGUCCUCAGAAAAUAAUCUUAGCCAGAAUGGAGAGGAACUUGAUGUCCCAAAAAAAUUGUAUCUAGGUCCAAGACUCCCAGCCGAGUUUGCACGAAAAGGGGAUAAUACAUACAAUGCCAAAAAUAUUCUAUCUCGACAAAUUCAUCAUGAAUCUCGAACUUCAGCUACAGCUGAUAUGAGUCAGAAUAGGGCUAUGACAGAUAAAUUAUCUCGGGAGUGUCUUCCAUUACAAAAGGGCGAGGAAGUGAGCAGUAAAAAGUUAUUGACAGGGAAAAAAAUCUUGGUGGCAGAUGAUGAUCCCAUCGGGCGUAAAAUAGCAACAGCUUUUGCUUCCCAGCUAGGUGCAAACACUUUUUCAUGUGUAAAUGGGGAACAAGCUCUUGAAGUCGUAUACAAAGGUCUCAUGGAUCAACACAUAACUGGUGCUUCCAAGAUUUCACCACCUUUUGAUUAUAUCCUGAUGGAUUGUGAGAAGCAACAAGGCGCAUCAGAGAAGCAGAAAGCCGUAUACAAAGGUCUCAUGGAUCAACACAUAACUGGUGCUUCCAAGAUUUCACUACCUUUUGAUUAUAUCCUAAUGGAUUGUGAGAUGCCAUUGAUGGACGGGAUAGAAGCAACAAGGCGCAUCAGAGAAGUAGAAGGAAAUUAUGGUGUCCACACACGAAUCAUUGCACUAACUGCACAUGAAAGAGGAGAAGUAGAGAUAAACAAGAUGGUUGAGGCUGGAGUAGAUGCUUUUUUAACCAAACCGCUCAACAAAGAAAAUCUUUUGAAACUCUUGUUUUCUCCUUACCAUAUUAAUUAG